UUCACACAUGUGUCACCUAAUUCAACUUCCGAAUGCGUCAACUUGAGAGUUAACAUAAUUUAGAGCCUAAUUCCUUUUCAUUACAGUCGAUUAUUUUUAUUACAAUGUGGAAAGUUUUGUGUGGUUUAUUCCUUUUGGGAUCGCUCGUUUCAGAAGGGGAAUCUUUAUACUGUUAUCGAUGCAUGAGCAAUCACCCAGGAUGUGGUACUCCGCUGAACUGGCUCUGGUACUGGGGCGAAACAUGUCCAGAGUACGAUGACAAAUGUGUAAAAAUUAUCGAAAGAAAAGGAUCUGAAACUAUUAUCACCCGAGACUGUCUCAGUUCGGUGCGCAACUUCAGAACGGACAUCCCGGCUGAUCGAUACGAGGGCUGCCGCCCGGCUGCGAAAGACGUUCGAUUAGGACAUUAUGUGAAUAACAGUAUCCACCAACUGGAUAUACACAGAGAUUACUAUGACGAAGUAACAUGGUGCUUCUGUUACUUCGACCAUAGAUGCAACGACGCAACAGAGCUCAAGAUUUCGGCACUGCUAGCAGUAGCAGGCAUUGCCGUCCAUUACUUUGUAUCGAUUUGACAAGUACAAGCCUUGUACAUAGCAUAUUGACAAUUGCCUAGACCAAACGGCUUAAGAGUAAUUACGGCACAGUAAUUUAUACAUUCCCCUAAGACCUGUAAGUUUUUAUACCUGCGAGAAGAUUUCUAAUAAGUUGCAAGCUUUGGCUCUUUACACCGUGCAUGAAAGUCUGCAAUUCGUGUUCCGUCCAUUCGAUAAUCGUACAAAGCUACAUCUACGCUAUAUACAUAUACUUUACAUAUUACGUACUCGUAAGGACUGUAAAUAGGUAUAUUUUUGUAUCGUCCGAGUUCGAAGAGCAAAUAAUAAAAAGAAAAAGAGCCAUCGGCUCUUUUUGACGGUACUUUAUUGUCACACAACUAAGAUAUCGGAGUGUAGCGCGCCUUUUUAGAAAAGUCGCUAAUUACAAACGUUUAUACAAAUUUCUUGUAUGCUCAGAACCGACCACGUAUCGAGGUAAUAGUAGUGUAAAACGAAUUAAAACGAGGAUACGCAAGA